AUGGCAGCGAACACACGAUCUUUGAGUGGUGGUAGUGCGUCCAGCAUUGGGGACAAGGCAAAGUUUGGUGUUGUCACAGUGAGUGACAGGGCAAGCGCAGGCAUCUACGACGAUUUAAGCGGACCAGCGAUUUUAGAAUUCUUUUCUGAGGCCAUCAAAUCUGAGUGGCAUGCAGUGUACAGAGUGAUUCCAGAUGAGAAACCUCUCAUAGAAGACACCCUAAAGCAAUUCUGUGAUGAGGAAGGCUGCUGCUUUGUGGUGACCACUGGUGGCACUGGACCUGCACCCCGCGAUGUGACACCUGAAGCCACUGAAGCGGUAUGCGAGCGGAUGAUGCCAGGGUACGGAGAGCAGAUGAGGGCGAUCAGCCUGAAGCAUGUGCCCACUGCUGUCUUGUCCCGACAGACAGCAGGCCUGCGAGGGAAAGCCCUUAUACUUAAUCUGCCAGGGAAGCCCAAAGCUAUCCGAGAAACCAUUGACGAGGUCUUUGUUUCUAUUCCGGCGUGCAUACAGCUUCUGGAGGGUCCUUACAUCGAGACCAAUGACAGUGUGGUGAAGGCGUUCAGGCCUGCAGGGCUCAUCAGGAAAGGCAAGCCUGACUCAUAG